AUGAAUGCUCUUACUUUUUCUGGAGUGUUUCUUCUUCUGCUCUUCAGCCUCUCCAAUGCUGAUGUUUGCACCAAGUUUUCAGAUAUGAACUCUGAGCUUUACCAGUGCAACGUGGAACUUAGUCAACGUUCGAACUCAGCCUGCGAGGGAAACUGCAGGUCUGUACUGGAGCAAUACGCAGAUGAUUGUUUGAGUGGUGCUGCACAAGCCUACAAAGACAGCAUCACUGCUGUGUGUGGUGAUGUUGGGGGAAGCAGUGCUGCAGGAAUUGGGUCCACUACACUGCUCACCACUGUGUCGGCUCUUCUAUUUGCCGUCUACACUGCCAUCAUGUAG